AUGGUUGAAGCUGUGAUUUUGGUUGAAGACAUGGACAGUGAUUUCAGGUUAAGUUUUGGACGGUUGAAGUUGUGGACAGUUAUUUCGGUUGAAGUUGUGGGCGAUAAUUCAGUUGAAGUUGUGGAUAUUAUUUCGAUUGAAGUUGUGGGCGAUAAUUCAGUUGAAGUUGUGGAUAUUGCAGUCGGUGAUUUGGUUGUGGAUGUUGAAUGGUUAUUUUUAAGUUUUGGACGGCGAUUUUGGUUGAAGUUGUGGAUGAUUAAAGUUGUAGACAGUGAAAUUGUGGGCGAUGAUUCAGUUAAAGUUGUGGCUGUUGAAGUUGUUGAAGAUGCAGUCGAUGGUGAUUUUGGUUUUAAGUUGUGGGUGAUGAUUUCGAUUGAAACAAUGAUUUUGAUUGAAGUUAUGGAUGGUGAUUUCGAACAAAUUGCAGUUGGUGAUUUCGGUUUUAAGUUAUGGACGGUGAUUUUGAUUGAAGUGAUUUCGGAUGAAGUU